UUGAAAAGAACUUCCGUGUGAUGGCGCUAGGUGUAGGUACGAAUUAUGCCAUCUGGCGGAACUGUGCGUAACUAGUGACAACUGUCGUCUACGAACCUCCUGCCACUCGUAGUCUCUUUUCGAUUCGGCGUUAAGAUGGCCACAAGCAAGAAGAAGACCAGGAAGCUGAGAGGACAUGUGAGCCACGGCCACGGUCGUAUUGGUAAACACCGCAAGCACCCUGGAGGUCGCGGUAACGCCGGUGGUAUGCAUCACCAUCGCAUCAAUUUCGACAAAUACCAUCCCGGUUAUUUCGGUAAAUUGGGCAUGAGGAACUACCAUUUGCGCAAAAACUCUAAGUGGUGCCCCAGUAUCAAUCUGGACAGGCUGUGGACCCUUGUCAGUGAGCAAACCAGGCUGAAGUAUAAGGAUAAUGCAGAGGGCAAAGCCCCAGUUAUUGACAUUGUGAAGGCUGGUUACUACAAACUUUUGGGCAAGGGCCGCAUUCCCAAGCAGCCAGUUAUCGUGAAGGCGAAGUUCUUCUCAAAACAGGCUGAGGAUAAGAUUAAAGCAGUUGGAGGCGCUUGCAUAUUGUCCGCGUAAUUUUGUUUAUACAAAUAAGAUCAUCUAAAUUAA